GACGGCAGCGGGCGGCGGCGCACCGCCGGCUCCCAGUGACGCGCGAGAGUGUCCAGCGCUGGGCCAUGUAGCGCCCGCUGACCUGGGACGGUGACGUCACAGCAGUACAGAUGGCGUCCGGGGCCCGCCUGUUCUCCGCCUGUGUCGGUCUGCUGCUGUCCUGCGCCGGCGCCAACUACGGCUCAUGGAUGAACCUCGGGAUGCAGGGCCUGGACGUCUGGAGAAACCCGCAGAUCUACAUGGUGGGGACGUCCCCCCUGUGUGGCCAGAUACGGGGCCUCAGUCCGGGACAGAGGAAGCUGUGCCAGCUCCGUCAGGACCACAUGCGGAGCGUGGGCCGCGGCGCCCGGGCAGGCAUCGCCGAGUGUCAGCACCAGUUCAGCAGCAGCCGCUGGAACUGCUCCACCGUCGACGACUCGUCCGUCUUCGGGCCCGUCCUGCAGAUCCCGUCCCGGGAGGCGGCGUUCGCGCACUCGAUCGCAGCCGCCGGUGUGGUGAUGUCGGUGUCACGCGCCUGUCGGGAUGGCCAGCUGGCCUCCUGCGGCUGCUCCCGGUCAGCACGACCGGCUGACCUUGACCCCGACUGGACCUGGGGCGGCUGCGGCGACAACAUCCGAUACGGAUACAGAUUCGCCACCAACUUCGUGGAUAUUCGGGAGAGGGAGCGGAGAUACAAGAGGGGCUCCGUGAAGCAUGGCAGAUCGCUGAUGAACCUGCACAAUAACGAAGCAGGACGCCGGGCGGUCAUCGACCUGACGAAGGUCAACUGCAAGUGCCACGGUGUGUCGGGCUCCUGCUCCACCGUGACCUGCUGGCAGCGGCUGCCGGCCUUCAGAGAAGUCGGUGACACGCUGAAGGACAAGUACGACGGAGCGACGGAGGUCAAGGUCACUCGCCGCGGCCGGCUGCGCGUCAGAAACCGCCGGUACAGGAGGCCGACCGCCAACGACCUGGUCUACAUCCAGGAGAGUCCGGACUACUGCAGGAGGAACGACACGCUCGGCUCGUCUGGAACAACCGGUCGCGCGUGCGAGCGAACUUCAAAGGGCACCGACGGCUGCGGACUGCUCUGUUGUGGCCGGGGCUACAACACCCAGCGCAUUACCGUCAAUGAACGCUGCCAGUGCAAAUUCGUUUGGUGCUGUAAGGUUCAGUGCCAAAGCUGUCUCCGACAAAAGACGGUGCACACGUGCAAGUGACCGCUAACGACACCUUUCGGACGAAAGCGAACUGUGUAAAGGUGGCGCUAGGUGUCCGGGUACCCGACCGCGGCCGGCCCUCGACCGGCUCAGUCGUCCCGAGCGCGGGACACGUGACUGUUGUCACGUGACUGUUGUCGCUAGUCGGUCCUCUGCCAGCGUGCCGAGGAAGACGGGCACGGCCUAAAAGCUCCGAAGAGCUCGAUGGUCCGGCGAGCUGCUGGAUACAACGACUGGACGGAAUGCGAUGCCGUCGAAAGUGUGCCCUGGUGCCGGAUACAGUGGCUGGACGGGGUACGAUCCCGUCGCGAGUGCGCCCUGAUGCCGGAUACAGUGAUCGAGCAGUGGCCAGUGGUUUUGAGAACAUGCUUCGAUGCUAGACUCUCAUUGAGCGAAAUCCGAUCUUUUCGGAACUGUGUACCGCUGCGAGAUACAAAAGCGGAGUGAGAUCUUGUGGUUCUGAUAGCGUGCUCCGUAGUGAAUCUGUGUAAUAACUGGGCAGGAGCCAAUAGGUUUGAGAGUGUGUUAGAUCCGUUGGCUGUCCCAUGACCAUUGGCACUCGCUCUCACCCUGUUCAGUGUAAGGAUAAUCGUUCUUUAAGCAUAUCGCCAAUCGGUUGGUAUCUGCACAUGAGCAGAUUCAUGAACGCUUCAUUUGAAGCGUGACGUCGAACGCAGUUAUGAAUUAUCGGCAAGCUGCUGAAAGUCAACGAGACGCAUUCCUGCGGUCGGUCAUUCACAUAAAACACUACGACAUU